AUGAACAUUCCAAUUUGCAGCAACUAUUUGCAUAAUAUUUACUUAGAAUUUAACUUGUUUAAUAAUUUUUUAAAAGACUUAAAUCAAAAAAUAAAAAGUGACAAUAACGAAAGGUACACGCUUAUAUAUGACAGCUGCAUUGAAAAUGCAUAUAACAUACAAAAUAAAUUUCAAGAAUGCAACAGUGAAGAAGAACAUAUUGAUGAAAAGUUCAUAGAAUACUUUUCUCAAAACUUUAUUAUAAAUAUUAAAGCAUUUUUAAGGACAAACUUCUGUUGCAUAGAUGAAAAUUUGGAGAAUUUAAAAAAUAGAAAUAAAAAAUUAAUUGAGAAAUUAAAAGUGGACUUAGAGAAUGCAGAAAUUCAGGAUAAUUAUAUAUACGAAUUGGAAAAGAGCUUAAAAUGCGAAAAGGAAAAAAAUAGAAACACACAUAAUUUACAGGAAAAAAUAAACAACCUUGUGAAUCAAAAUGAAAAACUUAGGAACAAAAAUGAACAAUUGGAGAUGUCCUCAUGGAAACAGCAAGAAGAAAACAGUAAAAUAAAGGUUGAACUGAACAAAUUUUUGUCACUCAAAGAAAAAAAAAAAUAUAUUGAUAACGGAAAAAGAUCUUAUAACAGAUUAAACAAAAGCAUGUGUACGCUAUUUAAACAAAUUAAUAACAACAUACGAAGGAGAAACAAGAACACAUUAUUGUUGGAAAAGAGUAGGAGCUACAGUGCCAGUUUUUUGAAUACGUUCAACAGUUUAAUGCUUAACGAGGAGAAUCUCGUUCGUGCAAGAAAUCGACAUACGGGAGAAUAUGGGGAUGAAGCGGAAAAUUACGCACAAACAAAAGAUAUAGAGAAAAAUCGUGCUCUACAAAAUGGUAUACUGCACGGUUGUACCCACAACAACGGUGCCCUACAAACAAGAGCACUGCAAAAUGUAGCAAUAAAAAAUAACACACCACAAAGUGGAGGAGUACAGAAUGAAACACCGCAAAAUGACGUAACAAUGAGUUUCCACUUUGGCCAAGAAACCAAUGGAUAUAUCAAAAAAAGAAAAAAACGAAUUCGUCGGGAUCAGCAUGCUUAUCUAAUCACUCAUGAAACAUUUGACAAUAUGAUCAAUUCAAGCAAUUUCUUUUGUAGAGGAGACAACAGAGGAAUAUGUAGAAAUGAAUUAAAUUGCUAUAAUUUUGACGAAAAAGAUAAUUUUGAAAUUACAGAUCAAGGAGAAUUGAUCUACACAAAUAUGGAAUCAGUAAAUGAUAAGAAUACAAAGGGAAAAUGUCAUAAAUACAAUAAAUUCUUUAAAAACAGCUGCAUGCUGAAAAGAAUUUUCACUCAUAAUGAUUACUGCACCGACGGAGAGAAUACCUUGUCUUGUUGCAGUAAUACUUUACUUAUUGAUAUAAGAAAAGCACUAAGAAGAAACCGAACGUUUUUAACUGACUCUAUAUUAAGAAAACGGAUGUAUAGGGUUAAAAAAAGGAAAAGGGGGAAAUUAAGAAUAUUGCUUAAGGAGAAAGAGAAAUGUAAUUUUAAUGAGUAUGCUCAGAAAGGAGAUGAUCAGUUGCGUGCCAUAAGCAACAUGAAAAUGGAGGACUACAGAAGCACGAUUUGUAAUUUUUAUGAGUACAUAAAAAAAGACAUAAAAAUUGUCAUCGAGCGGGAUGGUAACAUAAACGUCGACCUUUUUUCGAAUUAUUUCAAAAACAUGAUAAAAGAAAUCCAUGACGAAGAAAAUAAUGUGAAAAAAAAAAAAAUUGAUAAAAUUACCAGAAAAUAUCUCCGUAAAAUUGAUUCUUACAGAUUACGGGAGAGGGACUUUUUCGAAGACGAAGGAAUUGUAGAAAACAAGAAUUGCAAAUAUCACAAUAGGAGUUUAAAUAAAUACGACUCAUUUGAUUUAAGGAAAAUUUUAAAAAAUAAUUCUGAACAAUGCGAAUUCAGUAGUGACAAUGAAGAAGAAGAACCUUUUUCAUUCUACAAAUAUAGAAAUAUAAGAAUUAUUGACAGAUUAAAGGAUUUAAAAAAUAACAUUUCAUUUUUUAAGUUUUAUGAUUUAAUUGAUUUUCCAAGUAAAUCCUAA